AUGGCGAAUCAGUUUGUCCUUGUAUGGAGCCUAUUGCUGACGGCUCUCACGGUCUGCUGUCUCACCUCGGCCUCUGAUCCUUCUCCUCUCCAGGACUUCUGCGUCGCAGAUUCCAACAGCCAAGGUAUUUACAGGAUCAAAAUGAAUGGCUUCGCUUGCAAGAAUCCUACGACAGUCCGGGCAAACGAUUUUUCCUUCAGCGGCCUCCACAUUCCUGGGAACACAGCCAAUGCCGUUGGUUCUGCUGUCACAUCUGCCACGGUGACUCAAAUUCCUGGUCUCAAUACCUUAGGCAUCUCAAUGGUGCGCGUCGACUAUGCUCCUUGGGGUAUCAACCCUCCUCACACUCAUCCGCGAGGCACCGAGAUUCUCACGGUUAUCAAAGGCACUUUGGAAGUUGGAUUCGUCACAUCGAACCCUGAUAAUCGACUUAUCUCCAAGAUUCUUCGGAAGGGUGACGUGUUUGUCUUCCCAAUUGGGUUGAUUCAUUUCCAGCGGAACGUUGGGCAUGGAAAUGCCGUAGCGAUUGCCGCAUUGAGCAGCCAGAAUCCUGGAGUGAUCACUGUUGCUAACUCCGUCUUUGGAUCGAAGCCUGACAUUUCAGCUGACAUUCUUGCUAAGGCGUUUCAGUUGGACGAGAGCAUCGUGCGAAAACUGCAAUGGACGUUCUAG